GAGUGUCCCAGGGUGAUAAUCUUCGAAAACUCGUUGGUUGACUGCGGAUAUAGAUAUUUAGAAUUCAUGCAGGCACUCAAAAAGGAUCCGAGGAAAAUUAGUCUUGUUGAAGUAUUUCACUCCCAGAUACCAGACAGUAAACAGGAAGAAAUAGCGGCUGAUCUAAUGAAUAUCAAUGGGCGUAUCAAAUUCGUCAUAGCUACAAGUGCCUUAUCUAUGGGAUUUGAUGCAGCAGGGAUCCAAUACGUCAUCCAUUCGAAAAUGGCUCGUACGGCAGAGGAUUUCAUCCAGAUGAUUGGUCGGGCUGGGAGAAGUGCAAAUCUAAAGGCGAUAUGUAUUGUAUUUACGCACAACAAGACCAGGGAUAUGGACGGAGAGUGUCUUAUGUACCGCGACCAGAAUGGAACUUGCCGUAGGAUAAUACUUUCUGGUACCUUUAAAGGGGUACUCAAGCUGCAUGACAACGUUUAUAACGAUACUUGCUGCGAUGUUUGCAGACCUUCCCAAGACCCACUCAUUCAAAGACUCCGGGAACGGAAUAACAAGCAGAGGAGGUCGGAUGUAGACAUGCAACCUAGACGCACAGUGACGAAAGAAGAUAGGGAGUUCUUUGCAAAAGCGUUAGCAUGCCAGCUGACGUCCUAUAGUGACAACAGACCCUUUCUGGACUGUGAACUCACGGAAGGAGUCAUUAAACUUCUCACAAAUGAAUGCGGACAUAUUUUUAAUUUGGAAGAUAUUGAAGGAAUCGUGCCAGGACUGAGUGACAGGGUGAAGAGGGACAUACUAGUUAUAACUAACGAUAUAUUUUAAGUAACCUCGUCUCAAUUUUCGUUUAUCGCAAAAUAGCGGAGACCUAAUCAUGAGUCAACCGGUGAAUUACACAUUUGUUUGGAUAUAUUAUAAAUCAUAUGUUCAAAUUGAAUGUAUACUUACUUAAUGGUAAUUAAUUAAAUAAGACAUUUUGGAGAAACUAUUUAGAUUGAGGAUUUUAGAUUAAGUUCAAAUAAUAUAUUAAAUCUUGUAUGCUCAAAUACGUUGAGCCCAAAUUCUGCACAGUACGUUUUUUACAGUGUUAUUAAAGUCUAUUUCUGGCAACAGGGGUAUGGAUCCUUUGUUUACCUUUGAUACAUUUUCAGUUCGGUCCAUAAAUUAAAACUUGAUUACUACCUUGAGUUAACAUAUUUGUGUAAUGUAUAGUGUAUACUGCACUGUAUAUUAUAUAAAUAUAAUACAAUUGAUUAAUAUAGAAGAUUUCAAUAGAAAAAGGUUCAGGUAUUUAAAUAAGAAAGAAAUGUGUUAUAAUUCUUAAAUUCGUAAAAUUAUGAACUUACAUAGUGUUGUGACAGUAAGCGGAGUAGUCUAGAAGCUUUCUUGAGGUUGUCUUGUGUCUACUGUACUCGUUGAACAGAAUUCAGCUGAAAUAGAAAGAGGGUUAAACUGAGUAGAAUAAUAAUGCGUUGAUAAAGACGUUGAUAGUUGAUAAACCUGAUUGUUCCACUGUACAAAUAUGCAAAAACAUACAUUUUGACGACGGAAUCUCGUCGAACCAUAGUAAAUACAGUUAUAUGCCAUCUGCAAAGCUACAGUAAAAUGUAAAACACGGCGGAGCUAUUGAGGCCAACGUAUACCAACUGAUGUUUGGCCCGCCCUUAUUAUAUACAUUCAUCAAGUACCAACU